AGAUGGCUACGGAUCACGGUCUUCAUACGGUCACCUACCGACCAGGAAAGCGUUCAUGAACGGGGACGUCUAUUAACUCAAGCUCUUCGCUUGAUGUUAAUAUAUACUAAUUUCAUAUGUUGUGAGACUGUUUUAAUAGAUGUAUGCUGAAAGAGCAGCAGACUCGAGCACUGAACUGCACCGCUUUGGCUGGAAAUCCAGGAGAGGAUUUUAAAUAAGAUGGAAAAGACUGAGGAUGUACCUGAACAAAAUAUUUUUUUUAUAUGAGAACAAACUGGGAUAAUUACAUUUAUCUUUUAAUGUUUAAAAAGGGUUCAAAAGCAGAGGCCAAUAGUGCUGCUAUCAGGAAUUGUGCUACAGCCGAUGGGUUAUCCACCCAGUGGUGUCCAGAAGAGCAGUGUCAUCUCAGAGCAUUUUGUAGAUUCACCACUGAAGCUGAUGGUUGAGUCAUCUUCCUCUGGAGGCAGGGGGCUGAGGAAAGAAGACCACCUUCACACAUCACUCAUGUUACAGAUAGACAAGAGAACAUAAUGCAAGGUAUGUUCACCCAUACUAAUACAUCGCAGAGAGAUGAGAGCCAUCUGCAGUGUAGGCAGGACCAUGAUCUCCUGUGUUCUGGUGCUGAAGGUCAGUCUGUUGAAGAACAGAAUCAGCAGGAGUGCCCAGGACAGUCCUGUACCUCUUCAAGUGGCACACAGCUGCCAAAUGGACAUGCAAGCCACAAUGUAAAUGAAGUUCCCAAGUCAUCUCAACCUGCGGGAUGUUUAGACUUUAAUUCUAAAGACAACAAUGUGAUAGCAAAUGGUGAGCUAUCAGAAGACGCCAGGGAUUUGAGUGAUGAAGCCAUAUCAAGUGGGAUUCACAUCAGUACUUCCUUGCCAAGCUCUCAUUCUGAAUUUUCUGUAACACCUCAUGAUGUUGGUAAGAAUAGAACUGUAGGAUCAGAACAUGUUUCGAAUCCCCAGAGUUCAGUGUUUGAGGAAGCCCAUGGAGAUGAAACCAACAGUUCACCUGAAUCAGAACCAUGCUUUAACAAGAACUCCUCAGACAGUCAGUCAGCUGCUAUGACACAUUCUCUCAGGACAUUUUCUUCUAGCACUUUCUUCAACUCUGAUUCCAGACGGAGUCCAGAUGAUGAUGAGACCUUUCCCACUUCAGAUAAACAUGAUGACUUGACAUUCAUGGACGUGACUCUAAAUUCCAGGAACACCUAUGAAAUUAGUCGUUGUCAAAGUGCCCCUGACAACAUUCCUGAUGUGUUGAGUGUUGCUUCCACAGAUCUGACUCGGAAACAGGGCAUCUCCGAGAUCUUUAGCAGAAGUUUGUUCUCCAGAAAGCAAAGAGAGGCCCAGAGUGCACCAGGAUGGAAACUGUUUGGAAAGGUCCCACUGAGGGAGAGCUCCCCCAAAGACUCAAAAACCAUUAAGCAGGAAUGUAACCCAGGCAAUCUCACAUCUAUAUCUACACCCAAUCUCUUAAACUCAGGGGAGUACGAGGCCAAGGGGGCUAAAUCCAGCCAGAGCCCCUCCCUGACCACUCAUGGCCGGCGGAAGAACCUGGAAUUCGAGCCAUCCUCUACCACAGCGCUCAUACUAGAGGACCGCCCGGCAAAUCUUCCUGCUAAAUCGGAGGAGGAAGCCCAGCGCCACCGUCAAGAGUAUGAUGAAAUGGUGGCAGAGGCGAAGAAGAGAGAAUUGAAGGAGGCGCAAAAGAAGAAAAAACAAAUGAAGGAAAGAUUUAAACAAGAGGAGAACAUUGCUUACGCCAUGCUGGUUUGGAACAAUGAGAUCCUUCCCAACUGGGAGAGCAUGCGAGGCACACGGCGUGUGAGAGAUCUGUGGUGGCAGGGUCUGCCGCCCAAUGUGAGGGGUAAAGUUUGGAGUCUGGCCAUCGGGAAUGAACUGAACAUCACCUCAGAAUUGUAUGAGAUCUUUCUCUCAAGAGCCAAGGAGCGCUGGAAGAGCUUCAGGGAGACUGGCAGUGAGAUGGAGUUGGAUGUGGACAGUGGGGCGUCAGUAGCUGACCGUGAGUCCAGUUUGGACCUGAUAAAGCUGGACAUUUCUCGCACAUUUCCUUCACUCUUUAUCUUCCAGAAGGGUGGGCCGUACCAUGAUCUUCUGCACAGUGUGUUGGGUGCUUACACCUGCUACAGACCUGACGUGGGAUAUGUUCAGGGCAUGUCCUUUAUCGCUGCUGUGCUGAUUCUCAAUCUGGAGGAGGCCGACGCUUUUAUUGCCUUUGCCAAUCUCCUCAACAAACCCUGCCAGAUGGCUUUUUUCAGAGUGGACCAUGAGCUGAUGUUGAAGUACUUUGCAGCAUUUGAGGUGUUCUUUGAGGAAAACCUCCCCAGACUUUUUAGUCACUUUAAGAGUUACAACCUCACCCCUGACCUGUACCUGAUCGACUGGAUCUUCACCCUGUACAGCAAGUCUCUGCCGUUAGACGUGGCGUGUCGGGUGUGGGACGUGUUCUGCAGAGACGGGGAGGAGUUCUUGUUCCGCACAGGGCUGGGAAUCCUGCGGCUUUAUGAGGAAGUGCUGCUGCAGAUGGAUUUCAUCCACAUAGCACAGUUCCUCACCAGACUGCCAGAGGACACACCCCCUGAACAUCUCUUCAACUAUAUUGCCAACACCCAGAUGAUCUGCAGCAACAGGAAGUGGACACAGGUGUUUAUUGCCCUAACGAAGGAUAAAGAAAUGGAAAAAACAGCAGUCCUUCAUUGAGAAACUCUUGACUCUUGUUGUUACUCACCAAUUAUAGCUUUCAAAUUGACUUUAAAAGGGACAGUUCACCCAGAAAUGAAAAUGGUCUUAUCAUGGCACCCUCAUGCCAUCCCAGAAGUGGAUGACUUUCUUUCUUCUGCUGAACACAAAUAAUGAUUUUCAGAAGAAUAUCUCAGCUCUGUAUCUCCAAACAAUGCAAAUGAAUUUGACCAAAACUUUGAAGCUCCAAAAAGCACAUAAAGGCAGCAUAAGAGUAAUCUGUAAAACUUCUGAAACGAUCCAAUCCAUUUUGGGUGAGAACAGACCAAAAUGUAGCUCCUUUUUCAUGGUACAUUUUCCCAAGGCACGGUCAUGAUUUCAAUUUGAUUACACUUCCUAGUGCUUGACGCAUGCGCAGAGCGCUAGAUGUCGCUAGGAAGUGGAAUCGAGCUUGAACUCGUGAUCACAAGGGAGACUGCUGAUGUCGUGAUUUUUUUUCUGUUUUCACCCUAAACCAAUUGGAUCGCUUCAGAAUACAUUAAUUUAUAUGAAUUACUUUUAUGCUGCCUUUAUGCUGCCUUUAUAUGCUUUUUGAAACUUCAAAGUUUGGGAAUAUUUUGAGAAAUUCUUCUAAAAAUCUUUGUGUUCUGCAGAAGUAUAAAACGUCAUACACAUCUGGGAAGGCAUGAGGGUGAGUUUAAGAUGAGAUAAUUUUCAUUUUUGGUCAAAUAAUCCUUUUAAAGCAAAUGGAUUGAUUACAACAGAAGAAUUGAAAAGGACUUAUGCACCAUGAAGAAGAAAAUCAAAGUUGAUUAAACUUUGUAACCAUUGCAAGUAUUACUGAAGUUUCAAAAAUAAUUUUAUCAUUCAGUGGAAAUUGCAUCCUUAAAAUGAGAAAAUACUCCACCAGCUUAGUCAUGUACUGUAUCUUGAUACCAGCAUCACUUUAAUGCUUUGUCUUAAAACGUUUCUCUUUAUUGAGACUCAAAUAUAUCAAAUAUAUCAAAUGAACGACUGAUGCAUUUUAAGAAAACAAUUUUAUAUGCUAAAGUUCUUGUUUUGAAGCAUUUCAUUCAGAGUCUGUUAAUGCACUUGUGGUUUUAAUAUUUGAUAUUGACACUAUUAGUAAACUAGGAGUCUGAGAAUAUGUGUAGAAAUAUGUGUAAUGCAGUUAAUAUUGAGCCGAGCAUAUGCUGAAAUAAUGCAUACAAGCAUUUAAGACAUCUUGCUGCUGCUUUUUGAAAGACAAAAUACAACUAUUGUAUCUGUUGAGGUCAACAUCCCACUGUGCAAUUCUUUUAAAACGCUAAUGUGUAGCUUAAACUAAAUCUUACUAAUGUGAGUGUGACAGUAAAGUGCAAAAGCUCUGUGAAUAAUGGAUACCAAGAUGUGUGUAUGGCAGUUAGAUUUAAUAAUACGAUGUGUAAUUAUUUGUCUGUUUGUUUUUUUCUGUGCAAUUAUUUGACCAAAUACUUUGUUUAUCAGGGGAUUUCACCCUAGUUGUGAAUACUAAGUCUGGAAAGAUUGUUUGAUUUGGCUUUAUAUCAUCAACUUGACAAUACUUGAUUUAAAAAUGUAAACUGUAUUAUUAAUUCUGGAUUUGUUUUCUACACACUCCUGGUUUUAUUGUACAGUUUUCAUACUCAAGGAUGAAUUGUAAAUAGAUGACAUGAUACCAUGACAUUCAAAA